AAUGCCUCUCUCUAACCAUUGUCUCCUUCGUUUCUCCGUUCCGCAAACACACACCCAAACGCGGCCUUAAUUCAAUUACCUGAAUGCAAACAAGAAGAAAUUAGAAGAAACAUGAGAAGGCCAUUGAGACACAGACAAGUCAGCAGCCACCACAAGAAGAAGAAGAAGCACGACCUCUCCACUGCCUCUUCUCCUUGCGAUCUAAUCAACGUUCUUUCCACAUGCAAGAGAUUGAACCGUUUAGGCCUGAACCGUGUCGUUUUAUCCAAAGCUGGUCCAAAACUAUUCGCCAUUAAAGCCAAAAACUGGUCGGAAUCAGCUCACCGUUUUCUCAAAAACUGCGUUAACGCCGGCAACCUCCACGCAUCCUACACUCUCGGAAUGAUCCGAUUUUACUGUUUGGAAAACAGGGAGAGCGGGUUAUCGUUGAUGGCGAAGGCUGCGAUGAAAUCUCACGCGCCGGCUCUGUACUCUUUGGCGGUUAUACAGUUCAACGGCAGCGGAGGCACGAAAGGCGACAAGGACCUACGCGCGGGCGUGGCGCUGUGCGCACGCGCCUCGCUUCUCGGCCACAUUGACGCGCUCAGAGAGCUCGGACACUGCCUCCAAGACGGUUACGGCGUUCGCCAGAACGUCGCAGAGGGAAGAAAGCUCCUCGUCCAGGCAAACGCGAGAGAGCUCGCGUUCGUGUUACGCGCCGUGGCGCGGUCUUCCUCUUCGGCGUCGUUGCUGACGUGGCGAAACACGCUGAGCAACCAUUCGUCGUCGGCGUCGUCGGUUUCGUCUGCAGUGUGUCCGUUGCUUAGUGAUUACGGUUACAGUGUUGCGGUUCCCGAGGUUCAACCGGCGAAUUGGUUUCUGAGAGAGUGGUUUGAAUCGGGUAGGGGAAGAUUGGGAAACGGUUUGAGGCUUUGCGCGCACAUCGGAUGCGGUCGACCCGAGACCCGGCCUCACGAAUUUCGAAGGUGUUCGGUUUGCGGUAAGGUGAAUUACUGCUCGAGAGGGUGUCAGGCGUUGGAUUGGAAGCUGCGGCAUAAGAUGGAGUGUUCGCCGGCGGAGAUUUGGCCGUUGGAGGAGGACGGUGGUGGUGCGGUUGUUGUUGGUGGCGGCGGCGGCGAUGGAGUGGGAAACGACGUGGACGUGAGAAACGGCGUCGUUUGAGGUAUAAUACACUAAUCCGAAUAGGUGAAAAAUAGAAAAAAAAGAAAAAAAAAGGGAUUCGAUGAGUUUAAAAAUGGAGAUUAGUACGUUCCAGAAAUGAUUGUGUACAGUGACAGAAUGGGGAAGGUUUUUGCCUAUUUUGGAGGCUUUGAGAGAAUUCCUUUGAAAAAUCUGAAUACUGAUUAGAUGCUAAUAGUACAUUUUAAACAUGUUUUUUAA